UCAGCGUGUCCUCGAGUGCUUAGAGGAGAAAAAAAGAAAGCAGAAGAGUCACGGGGACAGCUGCGAGAAAAGAAAGCAAACAGUUCCACCUCGGCAUCUGGAAAAGCACCGAAGAAGAAGGAAACGAUACUCCCCCUCUACCCCACACCCCGUCGCCAACCCGCCCUAUCUACCCUACCCACCACUUCGUGCCAUCCCUCUGGUCUGAACUGCCCUCCCACCCCGCCAGGAGAACCACGACCACCCAUAGGAAACCCCCACUUGACCAGCGUUGCCAUUAAGCGAUGCGCUUUGAAUUUAGGAAGAAAUCACCUUUGCGUUUUUUGAUGCACAACCACUGGUCUUCAUUUUUCCUCAGCUGGAACAGUUAAGGCUACGGAUUUGGGUGUUUACACUUUUUGACGGGUUUCCAGUGGCAUGACAACAUGCAGAAUGUAUCAUCUCACGGCAACAGACAAGGCUGCCAUUCUAUAGAUUAGUCUUUAUUUAAACAACCAGCUGUCACAUACGCUGCGUUUGAGCUUUGGUUUGAUUUUUCCAUGCUUAGAAAGAAUCCUGACAAUGGUCUGGGAACGGACCGCCUCUCCAGACACCUAGUAAUAUUUUUUCAAGACGUAUCAGCUCUAUAUUUCGUUUUUAUCGAAGAAAAAGCGACAAAUUGACGAGGAGUCAUUUGACACCGACGCCGCUUGAGCCAUAGGACUUUGCGUGCGAAGUUUGCACCGGGAAGAGGGGGGCCAAGUCGGAGAUAUCUCGGCCAUAUCCACGGCAUUUUCCCUGUAAGGUGGGAGGUCGGCGGAUUGCGGUCAUGCUGUCCCUGGACGAGCCCCUGGACCUGAAGCUCCCUCGGAGGGCCAAUGGGAGGGACAGAGGGGCGCGCUCACCCCCCCUCUCCCCGCUGCACCCCAAGCGAGCUCGCCAGCUCCGCAUGGCAGAUGAUGGCACCGCAGUCAUAGAGCCCGCCUCGCCAGCAUCUCCGCACAUAGGUAUGCAGGUGGUCCCUCAUGAUCGAACAGACACCCCCACCCCCCCUGCGGUGGACCUGAGCAUGUCUCCCUCCUCCCGCCACACCCCCAGCUCUCCAGAAAUGACGAAUGGCAACUACAUCCCCUCAGGGAAUUCUCACAUCUCACAGGCCUUUCAGUUUUUUGUGCCAAUCGGAGCUGGGGCAGGACUUCACCUGCCAUCCUCCAUGUUCAUUGGCCAGGCAAACGACAAGAGAGCCUCUCCUGACCUCUCAGCAGAUGAACAACUGGCCUGCCGCUGGAAGAAGUGCCAUCUGCUCUUUGACUCCCUGCAAGACCUGGUGGAUCAUGUCAAUGACUUCCAUGUCAAACCUGAAAAGGAUUCUGGGUACUGUUGCCACUGGGAGGGCUGUGCUCGCAAAGGGAGGGGUUUCAAUGCCAGGUACAAGAUGCUCAUCCACAUCCGCACUCACACUAACGAGAAGCCCCACCGCUGUCCCACCUGCAACAAGAGCUUCUCACGCCUGGAGAACCUCAAGAUACACAACCGGUCACAUACAGGUGAAAAGCCCUACAUUUGUCCUUACGAGGGUUGCAACAAGCGUUACUCCAACUCCAGCGACCGCUUCAAGCACACACGCACACACUACGUGGACAAGCCCUACUACUGCAAGAUGGUGGGCUGCCUGAAGCGCUACACAGACCCCAGCUCUCUCCGCAAGCACAUCAAGGCCCACGGCCACUUUGUGGCUCAGGAGCAGGGCUCCCCAGGUGGGGUGGGCUCCCUGCUGAGGGGGAGUCAAAGUAGAGGGCUUGCUAGCGAAGUGGGAAAGGAUUCAGAGCUGUCCUAUGUGAGCGCAGCCCACAUUAUCAUCCCAGGGACAGCGGCUGCUCUCCUGGGAGGCCAUGCUCUGCAAGGUCUUGGUGGUGCCCUGCCCCUGUCCCCCCUCAGUCCUCGGCCCUUGGACCUCAGCACACUGGGUUGCCCCAACUCACCUCCAGGCAGCCUGGGAGGCACACCCAUCCUGUCCUUCAACGGCUCCCCCCUGGGCCUUGCCAAGUCCCCUCUGCUCUCCCCAACGUUCCCCUCCUCGACCCUGGGCCUGCCGAUGGUGCCUAUGAUGGGGGCCUCAUCUGAGCGCAGGCCUCAGAGCCAGCAGACCAAGAAGGGCCGGGAGGAGGAGGCCAAGAACGAGGUGACUGGGGGGGUCCUAAACCUCUCCACAGGGUCUCAUGAUCCCCUGUCCUGGGUGGUCAUCCCCCCAGGCACCGUGGUGCUCAAGCCAGCUGUGGUCAACUGAUACACACACACACACACACACACACACACACACACACACUCACACACACACAUUCCAGAAGAGCUCAGGGGGUCGGGAUGGGAGGGUGAACGCCACAGUGAGGGUACGGGCGGUCAAAGGUGAUAGGGAUUGGCUCGCACAAUCAAAUCCAGGCAAUGCAUUUCAGAGAGAGGUUGGAAAAGGAAAAAACUAUAGAGAAACUCAUCAAACCCUCAGUCAGCAAAACAAUAGAUAAAACUACUCCUCACAAGAAUUAAGUAUACAACGCAAGCCUCUUGUAUUGAUGGGAAACUAAACUUGGGGCCCAAGAACUCCGUUCAGGACCAUGUACGGCUCUGUAUUUCUAUCACAAGGCCUGACAAUGGGCUCCUCUUUGCUCUCUUAUUUUAUACUUUAUUCAUUCCUGUUUGCUGGUUCUGUGGACAGGGACCAUGAACGUGAAGUCUUAGUGCUCUGUGUUCUUACAAAAGUCCUGAUUCAUUAUUAAGUAUUUAUAUGACUACACUUCAUCGACGGUGUGCCUCCAGCUUAGCGGUGAGAUAGCUAUACCAUGAAACUGAAUGACGCACUCACAGUUAGGCAAACGUGCACGUAAUAGGAUGAUUCUCCACAGUUGAAUUUAAAGUUAUGACCUAUUUUUCACAGGCUGCUGUGAUUAAUAUGAUUCAGACAGGCUUGCCAUACCAAAGCAAGUGAAAUCAAACUGUCUUGGAUUUGUCCAGGAAAAGGCUGCGGCUUCAGCUCUGAGACAGUUCAAUUAAACACAGCACUUAAAUGUGUCAACUGGUUAUAGUAUUGAAACCUCAAAACUGCUGCUAACCUCUCAGCUCCCCCAGUGCAACAUAAACUGGGAGAGAGCACUUUUGACAAUCUGUCCCCACUUUGGGGAGGGUGACCAACAAGAAUGUGUGCCAGGCGUGCAGACUAGGGGCUUUUAGGGCACAGAGCGGACUUGACACAGAGAAAUAGUGUUACAUCACCUGGCAAUGACCAAUCAUCACUUCCUCUUUUACACAAGUGAAAUUUAAGGCACUGAUGUGUCUGUCUCCCCCCUCUGGCAGGACACGAUACACAACAUCCCGCUUGCCAUUUACAGAACUCGCACUGUUUUACUUACUAGAUUGUCCAGCUGCUUUCCCGUAAUUGAAUCAACACGGCCAGUUUGUGUAUGAAAGGGCCACUGUGGUGAUAAACACUAGUGUCUUGUAUUUAAAAAGUGACCCGACCCAAAACCAGCUGUGAAAAACAGGCGGUCGUCCAGUCGAAGCCCAACUUAGCCUUGUCGGUUGAAGUUUUGUCCCCAUGUUGUGCCAAAAAUACCUGGAGAGGGGAAAGAGGGAUGCACGUAUUGUGCCACAGAGGGGGUGCAAUGCACUCAAUGCCACAUACAGCUGGACUGACUAGGAAGCCACACUAUUGCAAACUGCCUCAUUUUACUCUGUCCAAAGGGGCAAAAAAAGACAAAAAAAGAAUCAUUUGACUUCUGGGAAAACUUUUCUCAUGGUUCGAUUAAGCAGUCAACAUGCACUUACUACACACUAUAUUCCUUAGAUGUUCUAUAAAAUGUUACUGCCAAUUCAUGGUUCUUUAAAAACUAGUUUGCUCUUAUUCCAUUUUUCUGCAAGGGUCGAUUUUGCUGCGGGGUCCCUCCAGGCUUGUGUUGCUCAGUGCUACCGUAUGUAUGAUAUUGACUGCCACAGAGGAGAGGUAUGGGGAGCAGGAGAGGAUCAUCACAACACAAGGAACAUUCCCUCAAGAGACUGUCACACAUUACCUUCCUCUCUCUUUUCACUCCUCAAUCUUUCCUCUCCCCAUCUGCUUAUGUUGGUGGUCUUACUUUCCCAUCACCCAGUCUUAGAAAUAAUCUGUUAUUGCUGUUUUAUAUUGUCUUUUUUUUUUUUUGCUGUUGUUCAGACGAGACAUUUUUUCUGAUGUUGAAGUUGCUUCUUGUGUUCUGCGACGGCUGCUCUGUGCUCAGCUUUCUGCUGCCGAGGAUGAGUCUAUUUAGGGGUUGAGGAGAAGAUGAGAGGGAGAAGUUUGGGUGUCUAAUACGCUAAACUAAGAUGUCGAACCAGGUAAAUAUUACCUGCCAAACAUCAUCAGCAUGUUACAUAGUCGCUGUGAGCAUGUUAGCAUUUAGCUCAAAACACAUCUGUGCCCAAGGACAGCCUCACGAAGCUGCAAGCAUGGCUCUAGACUCCUAGUAACUGAAUAUGGUUACUUGCUGAGGGCUGCAAAACCCUUAAAAUGAAACAAUGUGUCACACUUUGUCCAAACUAAGGCCAUAAACUGUGAUUAGGGGUCAUAAGUACAGAUGAUAUUGCUUUAUUUUAAGGGGUCACAAGCCAAAAAAGUUGGAGACCACAGCUCUAGGGGGGAAAUAUGGUUUAUGGGGGUAUCCAGUGGACCAAAUGACAUCACAUUCCUCCUUGACAAUCACAUUGGUGUACAGAGGAUCAUUUAGAGAGGGUGUGGGCAUAAAAUACAUAUCUGUAUUAAUUAUCUUUGGGAUAAAUUAGAUUUGCAAACUCUGCUCCUUCGUUCUGACUUUUAAUUUCCACAGUCAGAUAAAGGGAAAACGUAGAGAAAUAACUGACUGUGAAAUGGCAGGCAGUGCUGGGAAAGCGUGAGAGCAAAGAGAGAAAGGAUUGGCUGAAUGAAUAAAUGAAUGGACAGGGGACAUGGAGAGAUGAGGGGAAAGGCUGUGUGCCAGCAGAGGAAAAGAGGCAGAGGAUAGCUGUGCUGUGCAGCCGCCCUCCAUCUGGCCACCUACCCAGCAAACGGCCCUCUCAGCUCUGAAGUUACUGGCUGUGCUGUGCCCAAUGUGGCAGCCACUCACAGGCAUACCAGCCUGCAUAAAACUAGGCCACUGAACUCUGUCUGCCCUCUGGGUUUUUUUUUUUUAUAGAUUAAACCCAAAAGGCUCAACUCCCCCACCUCCCGGCCACAAAGCUUUUUACCAGAAAUGGAGAAAACAGGCAAACUAAAAAGCCACAUUCACAGUAAACAAAAACAAAUAUAACCCUCCCUGUCUGAGGAUGAGCAGUGUCGAGCUGCCCGCAAGCCUACGAGGAUUCACCGAUGAUGAACUGCAUACCUGUGUUUCUGCCUCAAUAAUUCAGUCGUUAUCUCAGACACCCCCUCCUUCCCUCACCACACACACACACCAGUGGCCUGUCUCUGGGUUCAGGCUGGGUAUUGAAGAGAAUCUCUCGCUGUGAGUGGACAAUCCUGGCGUGUGAUGUCAUCAGAAACAGGUGUCAAGUAGGCUAGACAUGGUUUCCGUGGCAACAGUGAAAGCCACAGAUGCAGCGGCUCUCCUCCUCCUCCCCCGUCUGUCUGUCUCUCCUCUGCAGGUCGAAGCUAGGGACAGAGACUCAGCACGGCGGCAGAAAGCUGAGCAAUAUGACACGGAUCCUCCGAGGGUCCACAACUAUUCAAUAUUAAAUAAGCUGUAUGAUCCAUUAACCCUUUGAGCUCAGUCUGUAAUAAACUGCACUUUUGUUCCCCUCAUAGUGUGUGUAGAUACGGGGAGGCUGCCACAUCCUUUCUCACUGUAGAGUGUUAUUCAUCAGUUGUUUUGGGAACCAAGAAUAAUUGUAAAAAUCAUUCUCAAUUGCUAAAAUGUCUGAAUUUAAAGUCUUUUUUUUUUUUUUUUACAUUAUAAAAGCGGUACUUGCUCCUGGAGAAUUUAAAGUAACCCUCACUUAAUGCUAUGAAAAGUGGAAAUGAAAUCCAGGGCACAAAAUUUGUUAGCUAGCAAGGUCAGUGUCAUUGUAAAGGGGUGCCAUUGACUGAAGUGCCACAGUGUUGCACAAAGGGUUAAUGAUAAGACUAAGGCCAUGCAAGGCCUGUUCCAAGUUAUGUUUUUUUGCACAUUUGUGAGAUAUUAUGUCAGUAUUUUAAUUUUUCCAAGUGCCUUUUUAUUAUAGGUAAAAUAUAGAAGUUAUACGCUAUAUGAAAAAAGUGAUUAUAUGAAAAUAUAUUUUUUCCUGGCAUCAUGUUCUGUGGUUGAACAUGCAGAAUUUUAGAGUUGUAAAAGUCUCCAAUUGGUACAACAUAGCGGUGUUCUCCUGUUUUAGAGGAAUUUUAUUACGAUAUUGAUAAUAAUGUCAAUGAAAAAAAGUUUAAUAAAGUUGUAUUUGAUACAA